AGAUUGCUCACCAGUCGCUCUUCUCAAUUGAGUUCGACGCUCUGACCCUGGAACAAUACAACCGCACCCUACUACGAGAAUACACAUUAACCAGCUCCUUCCCGUACUAGGAUACAAAACGUCGUGCCGCACCCAGAGUCAGAACAUAAAGCUCUCACCCCCCGCAUUACACGUCCAGCAUGAUCAGUUUGUUCAACGAUAGAUCACCGAUCACCUCCCGGUGGCUGGUCUCUUCCAUCGCUCUGCACCCGGCGGUCUUUGCGAUUCUGGUGAGAUCCGGCGAUUUUCUUGCGCGGCGCGAACAGCAAGCAAACGAGGAGGCGACAGUGGGAAUUGUGACAGACACGGAGAGGAAAAAAGACCACUCUCCAGACUUCGGGCAAGAAGAAGUCUUCACGACGGUUGCACGACAGGGCGCGGCCCUCGCAAUUGAUGCGAGCGGCAAUAACGCCGAAAAUGCCAUCGAAGGAGCAACUCUUGUGGGCGACGUACUGGAACAAGCAGCACGUCCAAGCUUCUUCGAACUUGCCGGGGAGAUUGUACAGCCACCAGGUACUUUCGAUCCUUCACCGACUGUUGAGACUGAAGGAGAAGGAGCAGACCCGCUAGGGGGACCACCGGGCCUCGCGCUGGAGGUGAACUCCGAGGGCGAUGCUGGCUCGUUUUUGGAGUUAGAUCUCGACAAGCGGAAGAUUGAUGCCCGCCCAGAACAAAAGAGGACCACACUGCAGGUUGAAAUGGAGAAAAAAUUAACGGUCUUGGAAAAAGAAGGAGUUUUCAAGCAUUGGGUUUCGCCAUUCGGCAAGGAUGAGAAGUCCCUCAAGGAACACGUCGACUUACUUCGUGACGGUGUUUUGAUUAACUCGAUCCAGACAGAAGAGCUAAAGUGCCCACAAGGUCAGCACACCGCCGACGAAACCAUUUCUGGGACGACGGGCGAAGUGACCUUUUGCAAAACUACCGCAAUCAAGAAGAUCUUACUCCCAGAAGAUGCAGCCCCGGCGGUGGAAGGAGUACUUCCACCAAUCGGAGACGACAAAAAUGGUGUUUCGCAUUACAAUGCGCAGCUCGGCCAAAUUGCGACCGAAUUGACCCUGCAACGGGCAUUGCAGAGCUACGAAAGUUACCUUCGGUCGUCCGAGGCGGAUAAACCAAAGCUGACGGCCGAAAUGGUCAAAUCCACCGAACACCGAUGCUUCGUCCCCAUCACGCGCAUUGCGGCAACACCUAAUGCCGUGUACUUCGAGAUGCCCCGCGGCGUGGAUUUGUACGAUGUGCAAGCUUUGGCGGCGGAUGACCCUGCCGUGGAAACCGCCUUACACAAGCACGCCUUUUCGGCCGUGGACUCGUUCCUCAGCUGCACGAACCUGCUGGGUACAACGCUGCGUGUGCUCCACAACGACAUCAAAAUGGAGAACGUCAUGCUGGAGCGGAACUUUCCUCAAAAUCUAGCCGCAACAUCUUCAACAGGGCUAGCCGCGCCGGAAACAACGCCUCCCCUGACGCCGAAAGACAUCCGCUUUUCGCGCAUCAAACUGUUCGACUUCGACGGCGCCGCGGUGCUGAAACAGGACGAGACGCACACGCUGCGCCCGAUCGCGGCGCUGGGCAAGAACAAAGGGUGGGGCAUGAUCGGCACGCCUGGGAGCGCGCAUCCCCUGCGGUGGGCCAUGCAAUACGGGUCGCACCGGCACCGGCCCGGCGCAGGGGUAGAAGCACGACCGCAGGACGGCACUGGGCAAAGUUUAUUUCCUCCUUUUUCCGAGGACCUUCUUAUUCUUUCUAACCGGGAGGACGUGCUGCUGGAUCCGGGUACGGAUUUGUUUGCGGUGUCCAUGACCGUCUUCAUGGGCUACGGCGGCCCGUGUUUCGGCGCCGAGCAGUCCUCGUGCGCCAGUGAGUACCCGCUCUGGUUCUCGAAGGUAGAUAUUUGGACUUGCUUGCGCCACUUUUUUGGCGACCCCGUGGAGCGGCUCGGAGAGUUAGCUGACGGCGUGGCCGCGCUGUGUGGCUCGUUCCUGUCCCUGUUGCGAAAAGACUUUGGCAGCACGCAGAAGUAUCACAUUCCGACGCGUACGACUGUAGACUACAGCUCGGAGGGGGACGCGCAGAGCGGUCACCUAGUACCGGAUCCAGGAAGAGACGUGCCGUGCAUCUUCAAGCAGCGGCUCCACGAUCUUCAGCCUUCAUCUUCAAGCAGCGGAUCCACGAUCCCGUGUGGCAGCUUUCCGGGGUUUGCACCGAAAACGAUAAUGCGAACUCCGGGCUGGGACUCGAAUCAGGAGAGGGAAGAGGAAGGAGGAGACAAGGAGCGAGCUGCUAUUGUGCAAGAAGGAGGAGACAAGGAGCGACUUGGUCUGGGGGGCAAAAAUUUGAUCGAGCUGCUCUUAUGCAGCCGCGUGCUCCAAGUGCCACGGGGCGCAGGGGUCGGUGAGGGGGAAAAAAAAUCAACAAGUUACGCAGGAGAUGUGGCGAAGCUGGCCUACCGUCUGCUCGCGCCCUUGCUGUUGCCGACGCCACGGUUCGAAGUCGAGAUUCUGGAAGGCGCGGACCUGACAAGCGCAAGUCAAAACGCCGGGGAAGGUAUUGAGGGGCGCUUGGAGAACCUCAAGGUGCGUUUGGACGAGCUCAAGAAUUCUCCGGUCGAAAAACCGAACACGAACGAAAAAAUUGCGACCGUUGAGAAAAUCCGAGAGUAUGUGGAGGGGGACCAGAAGCGGCAGAAGGAGCUGCGCCAGCUUGUGCAGAAGCACGCGUUUGCAUUCGAACGGGAAAGCGUCGCCGAGACGUUGGCGUCGUGUAAAACACUUUACUUUCCUGAUCUUGAGCUUGAUUCCGGAGCAGCGGAAGAGAUGAAGAAGACAAGUAGUGGAGACGCAAAUGGCGGCGCUCCUGCGACGAGGAGCAGUGGAAGCCGCACACCUGAGUUAAGAAGGAAAGCGUCCAGCGCCCUCGGGAGGGUAACAAGCAGACCUCGAGGACGAGGUACCCGAAGCACUUCGCUAGCACGACGUCACGGCUCGCUAAAGAGGAGGAGGUCCUCGUGGUCGCCGGAUACACAAUAUUCCAGAACGCGCCGCUCAAGGAGCCCCCAGGCUGCGGCAACGACGGCAAAUGAUCCCCUCCCAAAACGAAGAAGGUUGCCCACGAGCAGCGGGUCGAGCUCGAAGGGAUCUGGAUCGCAGACAAGAACCGCCGUUGCCGGUGGCAAAGGUCCGGGACCUAGUGGAAAAGGUCCUGGUGGCAAAGGCCUCGAUGGCAAGGGGGAAGACGCUGCUGGCAAAGAAGCCGGUAGCAAAGCAGGAGCUGAUGGCAAAGGACGUGGAAUGUCGCAAGCAAAUCGUGACUCGCCGCUCACACCCCGCACACGCUCACGCACACCCUCACCACGCACACGCGCAUCGUCGUCACGCGCACCGCCCAGCGGGAGCAGCUUCAUCUACGAGGAAGUUGCCCGAGAAGUUCCCUGAUUUUUACUGCGCAAAGAUCUGUAAGUCAUCGCACUAUCGUCCUCAGUAUAUGUUUGAAUAAGUGAUCCUGAUACCGGGUAAGAUGGUUUUUGUAGCGAUGUUUCCAUGCUGAAUCUGCACCAUCUACGCCCACGCUAAGUUUUGGAAACUUGAAAAUAUCUUCGAACUUCUUGUUCUUCUUCUCUUGUAUCCCCGUUUCGAUUUUCGUCAUAGUAUUCUGCGCGAUGAAGUUCAAACAGCAAUCGCGGUCCUCUAUAAGUUUUUUCUCGUCCCAUUGCUCGCGUUUUAACAAGAACCACCCUGGAUGAUAGAUAUUUUUGUGUUAUCAAAACGAGAAUUGCAUUAAGUAAGUAGAAUACGGAUGUAACCCAUCAAAAACACAUUGCAAUGGUCGAAAAGGAGACGACGG